AUGCUCGUGCCAUUGACUGCUAUCGUGACGACAUCGUUGCCCAUGGCCGCUGCCAUUGCACUUUGUGCCAAGGAUCGCAAGACGACUCAUGUAAAGAACAAGGGUAAGAGUGCCAAAUCGACAAGAUCGUCGAAAUCUGCUCAUGGAAAGAGCUCGAAAAGUGGAAAAUCGUCGAGAUCUCAUCGUUCCAAGAGCCAACGCUCAAAGAGAUCAUCCAAGUCUGGAAAGAAAGGAAAGUCCUCGAAAUCCGGCAAGGGAGGAAAGUCUGGAAAGUCAAAGAAGUCUGGAAAAUCCAGCAAGUCAAAGAAACAGGUCAAGGAGGGAGCAACAACAUCCGCAUCUGCUGCUUCUGCAGGAUCUGCCGCAUCGGAGAAGUCGACCAAGUCAUCAAAGUCGUCUCGUAAGAGUUCUAAGAGCUCGAAGAGUCGCAAAGCGCGUCGUCUUGAUUCGGAUGCUCAGUACAAGAUGGAGAAGUCUGGAAAGAGUUCGAAGAACUCGGCUGCUUGUGCUGCUGCUCCAAAACCGGUAAGCAAAGUUAUGAAUUGCUCAUUUCCAAUUGUUGUUUGUAAGCAGUCGACCGGCGGAAAGCAGAUGGAGAAGUCGUUGGUUGAAGAGGUCAACGCCAUCAAGCACUCCAAUCAGUUGAGUGUUUUCCCAGCAAAACUUCAAUACCAAACAUUGGGAGGAGUUAGCCAAAUUGAGUUGAAGAACACUUCUGGAGAACGCAAGGCCUAUAAGCUCAAAUGCUCGGACAAUGCGCUCUAUCGUGUCAACCCAGUUUUUGGAUUUGCUGAGCCACAUUCAACUGCCAAGAUUGAUGUUUUGAGACUUAACGGAGAGCAAAAAACUGACAAACUUGUUUUCUUGACAACUAAUGCCAAAGAUGCUGCUGACCCACAUGAGGCAUUUGCCAAACAAACGGAGCAACGCGAGAUGAUGGUUGUCCCAUUGGUUGCUGCCUGA